AUGAUUGUCGACCAAUUCGAAGAGGUUCUCAUGAAGACCUCGCUUAUUCCUCUCCCCACCGCCUCACCCACUGGCGUCACUCCCAUCCCCUCAGUCAUUCCCGACUCGCCCGAGCACCAAUUCGUUGGUGAGACCGGCACAAAGACACUAUGGGUUGUCUUCAUCAUCAUGCUGAUCUCCUCCGGUGUCUUCUCUGGCCUUGCCUGGAGGGUCCCAGUGCAAAAGCGUCUCUUCUAUGUCAUCACAACUCUGAUCACCAUCACUGCUGCGAUCUCCUACUUUGCCAUGGCUACCGGCCAGGGUGUCUCCGUUCACCACAUCCAUAUCCGCGAGCAGCACGACCACGUUCCUGACACCCACCAUGAGAUCCAGCGCCAGGUCUUCUGGGCUCGCUACGUUGACUGGGCCAUCACCACUCCUCUUCUGCUCCUCGACCUUGGUCUUCUGGCCGGCAUGAGCGGUGCUCACCUCACCCUAGCCAUCGUCGCCGACCUGAUCAUGGUUCUCACUGGCCUGUUCGCUGCUUUCGGCUCUGAGGGUACCCCUGCCAAGUGGGGAUGGUACACUAUUGGUUGCCUCGCCUACCUCAUUGUUGUCUGGCACCUCGCUGUCAACGGCCGUGCUGCUGUCCAGGCCAAGGGCCAGAACGUCUCUUCGUUCUUCCUUGCCAUUGCUACAUACACUCUCGUCCUGUGGACUGCCUACCCCAUUGUCUGGGGCUUCGCUGACGGUGCCCGCCGUGUCGGUGUGGACGGCGAGAUCAUCGCCUAUGCCAUCCUCGAUGUUCUUGCUAAGCCUGUCUUCGGUACUUGGUUGAUUAUCACCCACGCUAAGCUCCGCGAGACCGAUGUUGACCUUGGUGGCUUCUGGGCGAACGGUCUCAACCGCGAGGGCACCCUCCGCCUCGGUGAUGAUGACGGUGCUUAA